GAGCAUGGACGUGAAGCCCGUCGCUCCCUUCGGCACAAGAAGAGGGAGGUGGUGGAAGCUCUGCCCCGGGAGUACUACCUGGCGAGAUCGCGGAUGGAGCGUUUCGACAUAGCAGAGGAGCUCAGGCGGAUGCACUCUGCUGAAGCACGUCGCCACUUCGACGGCCUGACGAUCCCACCGGUGCGUCUCGUGGAGCGGAAGUGCCCCUAUGGGGCACCGCUGCCAGUGAAGAGGCUACGCCCAAAGAAGGCGGAGCUACAAGCCUUGCAUGGCUCGCAUUCGCAGCCCGCCCUCCCAUCCACGGAGGACGCAAGGAAGAAAUAUCCGGGUCUGGUACUCAUGGACAUUCCAUACGACCCCACGACCUUACCGAGCGAGCACGACCAUCGUAUUCAAGCCCUUGAUGGGCAAAUCGCUGAGAAGGAGCUGUUCCUGGAGAAGUGCGAGAACGAAGCAGAGCAAAGGAUGCGACAGAGCUUCAGCAACCGAGCUCCCGACUUCAAGUUUGACCAUGCGCCUCAUGGUACCAUCUCGGAGAAUACUUCACAGGCCUUAGGGUUUAGGGUUUAG